CAAACAAUAUGGCUGACACUAAAACCGGAAGAAGUGUUUCCAAGUUAAAUAUUUCUGAAUUUCUCAAGAUAGAGUACUCAAGAUGCAUGAUAUGUGAUGGAUUUUAUGGCUCCAACUUUGGCCAGCCUGUGUGUAGCACCUGCCAUCUCUUCUUGUUCACAUCAGACAUCAAUUCAGAAGAUGGAGAUCAGGAAGUUUACAACGAGAAAGAUGAUUCAGAUGCUGAUUCAGGGAAUGAGGAACCUGGAGCAGCAUUUGAUUUCUACACAAACGGAAGUCAGGAUCCACAGGAGACGAGGAGAGUCAAGUCUGGUGUCACUCAUAAAAUGGACAAACUCACUGAGCGAAUCUCUUCACUAACAAUGCCAAGAGAGAAAGACCUGGUACCUGAAGGUUUAGUGGAUUCCAUGCCCCCAGAAGUGUUGUUAGUAGUAUUUAAAUACCUAGACGAUAUUUCCCUGUGGACAGCAGGACGGGUGUGUUCAAGAUGGAGACAAAUCUUGGAAGGGGAGACAACCGACUCCCAAUGGAAAGAAUUUUGCAAACUGCGUUGGCCGCUGUUUUACCCACAGUACAGAGUGAAGACAUGGAAAACAAUUUAUACAAAGUUACUGGAGAGUUCGCCUUGUAAAUACUGUUUAGAGAGCAUGAUGUUACAGAGUACACCACCGAUAGAGGAGAACUCCUGGCGACAUCGCCGACUGAGGAGUGAACUGAAGACUCUAAAGUCAGACCCUCCAGAGGGGAUCAAAGCUACUCCUCUAGACCGACACUGCUGUCACUGGCAGGCCUCCAUCACUGGUCCCCAAGGGAGUCCUUACGAGGGAGGUCUAUUCUUGUUGUACCUACAGAUACCACAAAGUUACCCAAUGAGACCUCCUAAAGUACGGUUCAUUACAAAGAUAUUUCAUCCGAACAUCAGUCGCCAUGGUGACGUGGGCUUGGACUCAAUACAUCAUAACUGGAGUUUAGCUCUGACAAUUUCCAAAGUGUUGAUCAGUAUUCAGUCAUUACUAACGGACCCUUAUUGUCACGUUUGUAUGGAACCAACGGUUGGGCAUCUGUACGCAGGAAACAGGAAUGAAUUCAAUCGGAUAGCACGCUUAUGGACAUGGAAAUAUGCCAUGCACGACUUCCUCAUGCCGAUGAACAUUGAUCUGAAUGGUGUAUAGGGUGAAGUGUUUACCCCUGUCAAUCAGGAUUCAUGUUCCUGUAUGGAAAAAAAUGUGAACUGAACAUGUGUAAGAUCAAGAAGAUUUUAAUGGAAUACUUCUGCCAAAUUAAAUGUUCAUUUUGUAUAGGAAACAAAUUUAGCCCUCUGCAGUUUGGAAAAUUGAAGGAAAAUGGAUGAUAUUCAGAUAAUUCUUUUUAAAACUUCUGAUAAAUUAAAGGUACUUAGCAUUGCAGAUUCCAGAAGGUGUUUUUAGACCACUGGUACUAGCCUCAUCUGUCAAUACACCCAUAAUAUAACUAUUGGUAUAUUGAAAGACAAGGCUAGUACCUGUGUCUGGACCCCUUGUAAACCCUGCUAGGUCCACUAUUUGACACAAAUGUUUGUGGCCAUGGUCAACAAUAUGGUCAAUAGUAUACAAUAUUGUUUUGUAACAAUUAAUACUAAACUUAACAGAUGUGUUCUUAAAUAAUUAACACAUAAUGAAGAGAUACAUUUUGUAUUUGAAAUACUGGAAUAGCAUCAAAUCCAGCUGAAUAUGAAGGGGAAAACAACUCAAGAAUUCAUAUUUAAAGUAAGGGAAAUAGUUCUGAUAUAGCUUUACCAGCUGAAGCUCUGGAACAUGUUUCAGAAACAAUGUGCAAUAUUUUGUUGAAUCUCUAUGAUAAACACUUAAUUUUAAAAAUGAUGUUUUGUCCUUACAUUAAGCUAAAAAUACAGGUGAUGUAUGUAGUUUGAUUUGUAAGCUAAAUAAAUAUAUAAUGUAUGUUAUACAAUUUCUGUGUAUUCUGUUCUGUUAUGUUCUCAAGUCUGCAGGGCACAUAGGCUUGUUUAUUAGAAAGCCAGGUUUCUCUGAACUUUGACCAUAGUCUAAUAAGUUAUAUUGGUGAUUAUUAUGGUUAUAUUGGUGAUUAUUAUUGGUGGUUAUGAAGCACAACCAGGGUAUAUGUACCAUAUACUAGUCAUAGAAAUGUUUACACAUAAACACUCACUGGUUGUGCUUGAUGAAACAUUUCUAAACUUCAUACUUACCAUAACCAACCUGAAGAAAAACGUUUAGAAAUUGCCUAAUCAGUUUGAUAAUUGAUUCAAAUUUUCAAAAAAAUCCUUUUCAAUGAAAAAAUGUACAAACAUUUUUUUUUCAUUGUCUUUAGAUUUUUUCGUUAACAUCUUAAGUAUGCUGAUAUAUGAUUAAAUUAAAAAUUUCAUGAAAGAUUCCGUCAUAAAAUUUGCCAGUAACGGUAAGUAAAUCAUGCUUUAAAUAAUUGGAAAGUAAAAGAACCCUUGAUUCGACAAUAAAUAACAAAACUCAAAUAUCAUUUAUACUCUCUCUUUAUUACCGUUACAAAGCAAGCUUAUGAACGAAUGCAAGUAUUUUACAUCAAAUACUUUAAAUAUUAAAUAUAAAUUACAUUGUAUUUGGAACAAAUACAAUGCUAGGAAAGUCAAGUCCAACAUUUUCGGACUAGUCUGAAAUGUGCAUUAUUUUAAACUGAAUUUUUAACGCAAGUGAUAUUGUCAUAAAAAAAUGGCUUAAUUUGCCAGUAACGGUAAGUAAAUCAUGCUUUAAAUAAUUGGAAAGUGAAAGACCAGGCAUGAUACAUUUUGAAUCACCUGUUGAUCAUGUUUGUUUGUUUACCUGACUAUUUGCCAGUUGAUACAUUACAUACCAUUACAUACUCAUUUCCCAUAAUUCAUGAUAGUGAGGUAAUUUUAUUCUUGCCCUGGUAUUGGCAAAAAAUUAAAUCACUUUAAAAAUCAUAACGUCUAUGUACAAAGGGUUCAACACUCUUAAAACUCACUUUUCAGAAGUUGCUGUCUUGUGAGAAUUCUUGUUAAGUUUUCUGUGUAAUUGUUUCUAGGCUUGUGUAUUGGUUACCUAUAUAUCCUGAUAGAUCGUCCUUCCUUUGCUUCAACAUUCACAUAGUUAUUAGCAAAAUAUUCAAUUCCUCAUGUUACAGACUCAAGAUUUUGCAAACAAUUUUUAAAUUACGUUUCAUGGUUACAUUUAAAUUUGAACACUCAUCUUGAUUAUUUUUUUUUACAAUAGGUAGCUAGUAAGAAAAUUAAUGUUUGAGAAAUUUCUAACUAGGUUUUCAGUUUAUAAAAGUGAUUUUCAUUCAGAUCAUUGAAUUGUCCUAACCAUGUCUAUCUAAUAAUAUCACUAUACCCCAUUUGUACAGUCUGACCUAUUCAAUUUGAACCCCAGAAUUGAUCUAAAAAUUAGCUUUUGCUAUAUUCCUCUUACUAUUACAGUAAACUUUCAUAUCAUACUCCUAGUUUCUUCUGCGACCUUGCUUAGCACGAACAUAUUUCAGGGUCUCCUUUUCCAUACUGUUUCUAUAUAAGUUGCCAUCGAUAUAAACCCUAUCGCCUUUGUAACACCAAAAUUUUGCAGGAUAAAUGGUGGCAGUACCUAUAACAAAUUUUAAUGAACUACCAAAUUCAUUUCAAACUAAAAUCUAUUGAUAAAAAAUGCACUUUUUCUUUUUUUAAUUUUAAAUUUAAUGAAACAUAUUCAAAGAUUAUGCUGAGAAAACCGGAGUAAAAGUUAAAUAAUUUUUCAAUAAAAAUUGUCAGACAAUUUAUGAAUGAUAGAAAAAUAAUUAAACUAAACAUUUCAGAUUAUGUCAUAAUUUUCAUAUGAUACUCUUGCAAUUAUAAACCAAAGCAUUUCUCAUGGGGAAAGUAUAAAGAAAUUGUCCAGCUAUAUUUGCUAUUUUAAUUACAUUAAUGUUGAAAGUGAUAUAAAGAACGAUAUAGACUGUACAUCAGGCUGUUGGUCAUUUUAUAUUACUUAUGUAAUAAAUUAUCGAAUGAUGAUGUCAUGUAUUGUGCUGUCUAUUGCAAAUAUAAUAGUAUGUUUAUGUACAAAUACGUAUGUGCAUGGAGAAGUAUAUUGAGUGAAUACACAUAGGAUGUUCUAUUAUUUUUACUCAUGAAAAUAAACAAAAGGUGUGUCACUCCGGAGGCAUAUGGUCGGGGUUGAAUAGAGGGAUGUAGUAAAAUUUUACAGACUACUGAAAUGUUUUUAACCUUCUUCAGUGAAAAGAAUCCCUAGACCUAGGGAACGAAAUGUGUUUAAAACAAAACAAAGUAGAUUCCUUGUGGCAGAGCCAUAUAGUCAAAUUAGGAGUAAAUCUAUAAAGGACUUAUUUUUCAAUAUGGUUGAAAGUAUUAGUGUCAAUUAAGCAAUAAUAUCCCUGGACCAAAGGGGACUUAAUAAAAAUAAUGUUGUAUAUAUGAAUUGUGUGACCCAAAGGGAGCAGAUGUUCUGCUGGGCUCAAUAGGGGAGGUACAGAUACAAAUUUAAAAGACUAUUCCUAUAGUAUGGAUGGAAGGAAGGUAACCUAAUUUGGUAUACAAUAUCCAUGGUCAAGGGGACUCAACGUUGUAUUACACAGGAUAAAGCAACAUUAUAGGCAGAGGAGCUUGGUUCAACAUGUGUAAAUGUUUAAAAGACUACUUUUAAGUACCUUUGACAGGAUUUUAACCUAAUUUUAUGGAAAGCAUAUGUUGGACAAGGCGAUUGGUGGAGGGGUACAGGAUUGUAUAGGGGUAUACUUGUAACUAAAUGUUAUGUAAUAAUGUCUAGUAGGAUCUGAGGUCUUAUGUAGCAAAAGGGAAAAUAGUUAAAGACUUUCAUUUCGGUCUUUUGAUAUGCAU